AUGGAGAACUAUGCUGAUUGCCUCCAUCCUCCAGACCUUACCUCAGUUGUUAAGAAGGACGCCGCUCAGCCUACAAAAGAUGAACUUGGUGAAGCGCUGGUGAGGAGUCGAAAGUACUGGUUUCAUCUGGCAUCACUGGCCUAUGCCCAACGAGAUCACGGGCUGGCUUCAGAUGACAUAGACCCGCGCCAUGCACUGCACAGAGUCCCAAAAUCCCUGGCACGGCCCAAGGAGGUCCUCGGCUGCGCGUCCAGGACUUGUUCUAAGUUCGAUCGCUGGGUAGACGCCUCUUCUACCUGGAAAGUGUCAGGUGCGAACUGCGAUGGACUCGUAAGAGAAGUGUCAAGGUGGGCCAGGUUACAACUCGGCGUUAGUCGCUCUCUGCAAUUGAAACUCGACGGAGAGGUAUUUAGCUCGUGGAAUGGGACCACGGAGGAGAAAAGCACUGGUCCCAAUUAUUUGGGAAUCCUCACUCUUGGAUGGUGCUAUGUCCUUUCUGCACGCCUCCUGGAACUGAGGGGAGAGGAUGCUUACAUGCGAUACACAGAGACCAAGACGGAAUGCAAUAGCUAUACUUUCUUGGAAAACUCAAGUUCGCAUCUUGUUGACAUUGGAGAAGUGGGCGAAGAUGUCGCUCGCUGGUGGUCCGCGAUACUUGCUCCAGGCGAAGGCUGGGAAGCCUUUGUGACUGGAAAGCCUGAAGAGUCUCUCGCUCGGUGGUGCGUUGAACGCAUAUGUGAAACGUCCUUUUCCAUCACGUAUUCGACACUUACGCCAAGUUCACCUACCUCGCCUCUAUCUUCAAAACGAGCCUUUGAAGCGCUUGCUGAGUUUGCGCUUUUACAUGAGCUAGGCAGCCAAUUUCCUAUUGCGCUAGCAACUGCUUUAACAUUUCCGUUGUAUCGAUAUUAUGCCCUGACUCCUCGCCUACCACUCCCGAGAGCAUCAUAUGGGAAGAAGUCAACCUCUCCUAUUGGGAGUUUGCCGCAAAUGUGGCUGAAUCUUUUCGAAGACCUACCUUAUUACAUGACUUUGAGCUGUGACCCGGAAUUGAUGAUGGCGACUUUCUGUGGGUCCUUUUGGGAACCCGGGGUUCCUUGCAAUAUGGUUAGCCCAUGGCUUCAUCCGGCUCUAAAGGAAGUCCUCGCUGGAGAGUCAGCAGAGGACCAGGAAAUUCUUGCUUUAAUGUGCGCAAUCCGUCGUCCAAGUAUAAGUGCUCUUUGGCUUGGAGCUGCGAUCGGCGGCUUAGGUCCAUGGAUUCUCCGAAAUGUCAAAGGGGGACACUCUCCCAUGCAUCCAAAUGGCUUUGCCUGGACUGGCUCCCUGCAAAGCUUCAUGGACAUUACUGGCUCGGAGGCAAGAUACCUGGCGCUUGCUCCACCUCCCGACAAUCGAAAAUGA